GCAACUCCUCUCGUUUCUUAGGCCCUGGCUGGUUCUGGCGUACCCCAAAAUGUAGCCCUCCGCCCCAAGAGCCCAGCUUUCCUUUCCUCCGCGGAUGCCCAGUUGGCCAUUCCACCUUCAACCCCAAAGGUUCCCAUUCUCCAACCACUACCGCAGCCGAGUUUGGAGCACGCUGCCGGGCCCCAGGAGGGCGCGGGGCAGGUGUCCUGGCAGCGUGGAGCCUCCACUCUCCUAGCUUUCAUCAGUAAGCCCCUCACGCGCGCGCUCCGCAUCCUCCCUCAUCCCUUCCCCCGAAGCUCAGUAGCCUCCAGCCUCGGUCACUGCAACGUCAGAGCUGCUAGAGGAAGGCAGAAAGGCGCGGCCGCCAGCAAUGACACCAUGUGACAAGCACCACUUAGUGACACGCAGCUUUGGUUGAAAGCGGGCGCGCAGAAGGGGAGGAGACGGUGGAGGAAUGGCCUGACUUUCCCGGUUAAAACAUCUUAAGCCCCAGACUGCAGAAGGACGACGCGCCUCCCAGUAGGAAAUGACUACGGCUCGAGACCCUGAACGCCAGAGCGUGUCGAUAUACUUACUGAGUGUCUCCAGUGUGCCAGGCAGCGGAUCUAUGUGCAUAGAGGAACCUUGGAAUGCAAUACAGCAGUACGUAUCCAGUGAUCAUCUCUUCUUGCUGAUUUAACAGGGGUAUCACACAUAUAUAUUUGCUGCUAUCUGCUACUACAUACACUCAAAACGAGAAAUUUGGACUAAUUGUUUUGACUACAAAUAACUUCUAAACAUGAUGCAUUUCAAAAGUGGACUCGAAUUAACUGAGUUGCAAAACAUGACAGUGCCCGAGGAUGAUAACAUUAGCAAUGAUUCCAAUGAUUUCACCGAAGUAGAAAAUGGUCAAAUAAAUAGCAAGUUUAUUUCUGACCGUGAAAGUAGAAGAAGUCUCACAAACAGCCAUUUGGAAAAAAAGAAAUGUGAUGAAUAUAUCCCAGGAACGACCUCCUUGGGCAUGUCCGUCUUUAACCUGAGCAACGCCAUCAUGGGCAGUGGGAUUUUGGGACUUGCCUUUGCCUUGGCCAACACUGGAAUCCUUCUUUUUCUGAUACUUUUGACUUCGGUGACAUUGCUGUCCAUCUAUUCAAUAAACCUUCUAUUGAUCUGUUCCAAGGAAACAGGCUGCAUGGUUUAUGAAAAGCUGGGAGAACAAGUCUUUGGCACCACAGGGAAGCUGGUCAUCUUUGGAGCCACCUCUCUACAGAACACUGGAGCAAUGCUGAGCUACCUCUUCAUAGUAAAAAAUGAACUACCCUCUGCCAUAAAAUUUCUGAUGGGAAAGGAAGAGGCAUUUUCAGCCUGGUAUGUGGACGGCCGAGUUCUGGUGGUGAUGGUUACCUUUGGCAUAAUUCUCCCUCUGUGUCUCUUGAAGAAUUUAGGUAAGGAAAGAUCUUGCCUUUAUCUUUAUCUUGCCUUUAUCUUGCCCAUAAUAUCUACACAGUUUUUUUCCCCCUGCCUAGGGCCAAAAUUGGGAGGCUCCUUUUCCCUGAAUUCUGGGAAUCUCUAUGUCUUUUUCUUAGUGUUUAUUUCUUUUUCUUUCAAAUAGACCGUGUAUGCUUUACCAACCAUUGCAUUUGCAUUUGUCUGCCACCCAUCAGUCCUGCCAAUCUACAGUGAGCUUAAAGAUCGAUCACAGAAAAAAAUGCAGAUGGUUUCAAAUAUCUCCUUUUUCGCCAUGUUUGUUAUGUACUUCUUGACUGCCAUUUUUGGCUACUUGACAUUCUAUGACAAUGUGCAUUCAGACCUCCUUCACAAGUACCAGAGCAAGGAUGACAUUCUCAUCCUGACAGUGCGGCUAGCUGUCAUUGUCGCUGUCAUCCUCACCGUGCCCGUGUUAUUUUUCACAGUUCGUUCAUCUUUAUUUGAACUGGCUAAGAAAACAAAGUUUAAUUUAUGUCGUCAUGUCUUGGUUACCUUCAUACUCUUGGUUAUCAUCAACUUGCUGGUGAUCUUCAUACCCUCCAUGAAGGAUAUUUUUGGAGUCGUAGGAGUUACAUCUGCCAAUAUGCUUAUUUUCAUUCUUCCUUCAUCUCUUUAUUUAAAAAUCACAAACCAGGAUGGAGAUAAAGGCACUCAAAGAAUCUGGGCGGCUCUCUUUUUGGGCUUGGGGGUGCUGUUCUCCUUGGUCAGCAUCCCCUUGGUCAUCUAUGAUUGGGCCUGCUCAUCCGGUAGUGACGAAGGCCACUGAGACCAGCCGGAAAAGAAAGCAUUCCAGUCUGCUGCUCAUCAAGUCUCCACACAUCAGCAACUCCUCAUCACUUCUUUUGCAAGUUCACAGAAACAACAGAAAAGUACAAGAUACUUAAAAUGGAACAGCACUUUGGUUGCAAAUUGGAGACCUGUUUCUGUAACAGUUCGUGCCCCUCCAACAUUUGGGAUCUCUUUAGGAAUGGUGGAUCUUUCCCCCUAUCCCCAAAUUUCAUGCACUUAUAUUAUAAAGUACUUUUCAAGUCAGUUAUUUUCCAUUCUCCUAACUCUGUUUUUGUGGCUUUGUAGUCUCUUAGAACUUUGAAAACAUAAUCACCAAUCGUGUUGACUUAUUACAUAUCUGGGUUCUGAGAUAAUUUUCCUAUUGAUGUUCAGCUCACACUAUCUGGGUCUUUUUAGAAAAGAAUCUUGAAUUGUGUAUAUUUAUUUUGCUUUAUAGGAAAAAAAACAGUUUUUCGUAAAUAAUUUGCCUCUUUUGGUUGACAUAGCACACCAAGUUAAUCAUAUGGGAGUCAUAGGGCACGUGCCAUUGCCUCAUCUGAGCAUGCCCAUUGUUUGAGGCAGCUCAGAUCAGGGCCGUCCAGCUGCCUAGCAGGUACAACAUACUGCUCCCAUGAAAGAUAUUCCCUUCUGAGUGUCCUCAGAUAGGAAGAGGUUGGAAUAAUACCUUCAUAAAUAUAUUAAACUACACAUUUAUCUAAUCUUGCAAAUGAAGUUUUUUUUUUUUUUUUCCCUUUUAGAAUCUUAGGUCAGAGUUCCUCUAGGCUAAGUGAGCUUCUACUGGAGGAGACCCCUGGCACCUGCCAUAAAAAGAUUGUCCAAGAUGCCUAAGAAAAUACUCCUCUGAUGUAGAUAGCCUUUAACUCUACACCUGUAUCAUUGAAGUGAGGGAAAUGUUUUAUUGAAUUGAUAAGCCCAGCAGCAUUUAUUUAGUCAUGUCCACCAGCUUUUUGUCAUAGUGAAAUAAUGUGUCCCUAACUAAGGACGAUCUAGGGUAAGUAAUUCCUAUUUUAUAUUGGGUACUUUAGGAGAGUCUUUAAUAGACUUGUUUUAUAUAAUAAAUCUAGGUUAUUACAAAUACAAGAUUUUUGUACCUCAAAUAAGCCUCAUUUCUCUUUCUUCUCCAUUAACUUUCCAUCCAGUCUUGAAAAUAAGCUUUCAGAGAGUCUUUGUGAAGAACCUUUGGUGAAAUCACUGUGUACCUUCCUUUUCCCCACAGGGAAGACGAGGGCCUCAGUGUCCGAACUCUCUCUCUUCUCAUUACUGUUCAUCUCAGCGUGGUUUGUGCAGCACAGAGUUGCCCCAAACUCUUACUCAGUCCCUCCCCUAAAGGGAGCGGAAAGAAACUAUGAAGAGAUGAAAUGAGAGAGCUUGUGACAAGGUAGCUGGAACAGGAAUGGGGGACACAAAGGACACCCAGAUAGCAACCCCCAAAGCUAGGCCAUCCCAUCACUUGUGAUUGGCAUGUCCCUGUUUUAUGAAUGGUAAGAAAUGUGCAUGCUCUGUGAGCUGGUCUCUUGAAACAGGGCUUAUGCCUUAUCUCUAUGUAUUCUGGUUGCAUUUUCUAAACAUGUAAGUUCACCGAGCACAGAUUUCUUAUCUGGAGAUAAGUAGAAUCUAACCACAGAUGGUUGGCAGAGUUUCCAGGCACUUAGCUCUGGCUUCUGUUCCUUCCACCCUGACUCCCCAAAGGGCUUUGCUGUCACUGAGAGUCAGUCACAGGGAACUGUUCCCCCCCCCUUUUUUUUUUUUUUUACAAACUAAUGUCUGUAGAUAAGGCAGGCAUCAAAGCACCUGUCACAGUCCUCUUGGAGGAGAAUGAAAGGUUAUUUCCUGCUUUACACCAUCAUAGCUUUUAAUGUAAUACUACAGAAUGACAUCCAUAUGGAGUCAGAGUUCAGGCAACUGGAUUUGAUCGCCUGACCCAGAUCCCAGUACCUUAACCUAGUAAGUCCACAGCCAUCUUGUCCUUUUCAGAAGUGGUUUCCAUGUUAACAUGAGCAAUGCUAGAAACUGAGCAUUUCUAUUUCACCAAGUAAUGAAAUAGUCAGAGAAUGGGAUGACCCUACAUUAAAAAAAAAAAAAAAAUUCAUAAUUUAGUUUGCAAGCUAUACUACUAUGCAUCUUUCUAUUUUCUUCAUUACUCAGUUCAUUUUAUAUUCACAAAGUGAAUUCAGAAAAUUAUUAAUUCUGGGAUGUGUAGUGAUAUUCUUUGGAUCUCUGGAUUUUGUGUGUCAGUAUAAGAAAUUUGUUAUUUAAGAUAUAUUUAUUUAGAGGAAGCACAUUAUUAUUGAUGUCUGUUAUUCACAUUUUUCAACCUUUCUUUAUAAGUUUAGUUGGUUGUUAACUGACUAUUAUAGACCCUACUGUAAUUUGUCAAAUAUUACUGAUUAUAUGACUUGUAUGGAAUUCACUAUGAAGUGUACUGCUAUUCUUAUUCAAAAUAGUGCACUGGUAUCCAAAAAAUAACAUGUAUUGCAGAUGUUAGGUAGAACUUAAGCAGCACAAGUCAAGUGCUAUAGAUGUUUUUCUGCUAAAUUAGUAGACUAAAGAUACUGUAUCUUAGCCAGAGGAAGCAGCACGUUUUCCUUUGGUAGAUAGGAUCUCUACACUAGUGAACAGUGUCAGUUUCAUACUGUGGAUUUAGAACUGUUCUCUGGUUAUGGUAACACAGAAUACUACAAAUCCCUAAUUUACUUCAUGUCACUUAUUGGAAGUGGGGGUAGCAAAACAUGCCCAGGAAGAAAAUCUACUCUUUUUAGGCAUAGGUAGCCACCAGUUAUAAGGAAUUUAUAUUGUGAAACUUUGUGGGUUGUUUGUAACCUGGAAUGUAUUUUCCUUUAGAAAUCAGGUUAGGCACCCAGACCAGCUAGAAAUGAUUAUCAGACCCAUAGUUUAGCUGAAAUUGAAUAAUUUAAUAUGACUGCAAAAGGAACCAAGCCACCAAAUAUGAUUGGUUCCUGGGGGUGUUUGUUCAGAGCUGUCAAGAACAUCUCUGCCUGUUGCUAGUGGAAUCUAGACUGUUCAUCUCAGCCACAUAUCACCUGCUGGACAGAAUAAUGGUCUCCAGCAAAGAUGAGGGAGAAAAAGUCCAGAAAGCCUGGGGGUAGGAGGAGUGGAAGCAGGAUGAGGGGCCUCCAGGGGCGGGGGGUUGUAAGCGUUCCUCAGCUGGUGCCUUUUCUUUCAUCCGUGGUCUCAGGCUGGACUUCUUUUGCUCCCAUAGAUCACCUCCUUUCCAGCCCACUACAGAAAAGGACAUCGCUGCAUAGCUUUUCCUAUGUGCCAGGGUGUGGUGGAGGCGAGCACAUGACACUUGGAAUAGCCUUAGUGCUCUUGAUUGCAGUUUAAUUGCCCAGUAACCACAGGAAGGGUAAAAAGUCUCCACUUUCCUUUUCACAUACACCCUGUUGAAAAAAAAAAAAAAAAAAAGAAAGGUACACAUCAGUUAGGGGGUGGAGGUAGGCAAAGGGCAGUGGUAAAAUUCCUCAGCAUCUUAGAGGACACCUUACUUACCAAGAGAGACUUCUUCCUGGAGCUGGACUCAAGCCUCCAAGCUAGUGGUUCUCAAAGUGCAUCUCCCAGACCAGCAGCAUCAGCAUCAUGCAUGGACCUGUUAGAAUGCACAUUCCCAGGCCUGGCUUCAGACAGUGAAAUUGGCCGCUCUCAGAAAGGGGCAGCAAUCUGAACAAGGCCUCCAGGUGAUGCUAAUGCACAUCAAGUUUAAGAACCGCUCUGGACUAAUUAGUUCUCUCCAUGAGUCCUACUUCAGAAGAUAGUUUCCAGGCAAAAAAAAAAAAAAAAAAUGGGAGCCCAGGCAGGGAGGGGAGGAAAACACCUCAGUGACUCUGCAAUGGCAGGAAAAGCAAAGGAAUCUCUUGCUGUCACCCGCUGUGCCCCCUCCCUCCAGAAUUACCAGUGCAGGUGCACACUCCAAAACUACACUUAGGGUUACUUCAGGUAAGGCACAGUGAGGAUGACAUUUUUAUAGCUGUGAAGAAAUCAAAGUAAGGCUUUUUUUUUUUUUUUCCUUUUUCUUUUUUCUUUUUUUGAGGGAAAUUAAAAGAAAACCCCUUUUGUAAAUGUAACCUUGGAGGAAAUACUGAAUUUGUGUCAGAAGUCAGUUUGCCACAGAGUGUGUUCGUGGGGGCAUCAAUCCUGUCCUCCUUUUAAAGUGAAUUCGCAGUCAGUGGUAGAGCACUUGCCUAGCAUGCACAAGGCCCUGGGUUCUAUCCACAAUGUGGCAAAAAUAAAUAAAGUGAAUUCUCUCCUGAUUGGUCUACACUGAUAAAGGAACUACAAACUGCUCUGAAAAGUAGCAAUUUGGCUCCAUUGCAGUGUAGCCCAGCAGUGGAGGGCACUAGUAAUUGGGGUGGGUAGAAGGUGGUGAUAAUACUGGAUAUUUGAUUUUGUGCCUUGGAGAAAAACCUUCCCUCCAUUUUUCAGUUUAAAUGACUUGGGGCUUAGGAAGGGCAUAGGCUUUAAGACUAAUUCCCUCCCUCAAGCAAAUGUCCAGCAACUUUCAAAACAACAAUCCAGAUGACAUCAUUUAGCAGUACUCAUAAAUGGUUUUCCUUAAGGAUGACAGAUCUCAAACUUUGUUAGCAACAGAACAUUCUUCCUCUGAAAUAGAGUGAAUUUUUAAUAAUGAUAUAAGGCUUUCAGGUACAAAUUGGGGGUGGGGUGGCUAACAACUGAAAAAUAUCAGAAUCAAAAGAGAGUUCUUGGAAAACAAUGUAAUAUUUGCAAGGAUGCAGACAUCCUCCUUUGGGGUUUUCUCUGAGGAAGGCCCUGAAACUGGGCCUAUUUGUAUACAGGCUCAAAUUUGUGUUUUUAAGGAAGAAUCUAUGCAGCUGAGGCUUAUUGUAGGAAUGCUUCAUUUGUAUAUAAAUAUAUUGUAAAUAAAUAGGAGGCUGUAUAUUUUUGCAGUUGUUGAUCCACACUGAAAUAGAAGUCACUAGUAUCUGCAUAUAAAGAAUAAAUGUUUUCAUAGAUAUUAGUGGUGGUUUUGUUUGAGAAUUAGAACAAUUUUACUUUCUAUCCCAGGUAUCAUAAUUCUCUCAGUAUAAACUUGGAACCUAAAACCUUACUUAAUUGUUUAGAAAAAGAAAUGUCUGAGAAAUAGCUGUGUUGAUUUUUUUUAUGCUGGUAUUAAAAUCACUUGUUUAAAUGAUAGUUCUCUGAGCUACAAGAAUAUUUAGACCCCAAUCAUUGUCAUAUAAAAAUAGGUAAACCCCAAAUGACAGAUUGUUUCUUAAUAAAAUUCUUUGCUGUUUAACAUUGAUGCCACUAUGCAGUAUUUACGAAAACAGGAGUUAGGAGAAUGUUUUUGUUUUUUGUUUUUCCAAAACUGAAUUGCUACAUUUCCCAAACUUUGGGAUCUUGGUGUGGAGAGUAUGGGUAGGGGGACUGAAUAUUAACUAUGAGCACAAAUUUGAAGGGAAAAAAAGUUAUUUUAUCAAGUUUUGAAAGUUGCAUGUUUGCUUUUUAUUUUAGUGUUGAGGCCGACAUAGUCUCUUAUGUAAGUGUUUUCCCCCAAAACACUUGAAUCCUAAGUGUUGGUUCGUAAUCCAUUCUCUGGAGUCCAGUGUAUUUUAGACUUCAUCUGAGUCCGGUAUGUGUAGCACACCACUGUUCUAUUAAUGUAAAAACCUUGUAAAUGAAUUUCAGAUGGGUCAUUUGGGUCACAAAUCACAAAACUUUGCUAUUCACAGUUAAGCAAAUAGAGAGUUUUGUUUUCUUUUUCAGGGUGUGGUGUAAAUAAAGAAAUGUAAGGAGUUCUGUUCUAUAACUGCUCUGUUAACAUAGUUUUUAAACAGUAAAAAUGUGAACUAAAAGUA